UUCUUCCCUCUACAUAAUCACGCAAUCCCCCCCCAAUGGCAGAACUCAUCCAUGCCGGUGCUCCUCUUAACAUAUUGUACGAGCAGUUUUCAGCUUUGGGAGAGAAAUGGCGUUGCCGAAGGCCAAGGAGAUCGUUGCGUCCAAUCCCGUCGUUGUUUUUAGCAAGACAUACUGUCCUUUCUGCAAGAAGGUGAAGCAGCUGUUGACUGAGUUGGGGGCCAAUUUCAAGGCUUAUGAGUUGGACACCGAAAGUGAUGGAAGCGAGAUACAGGCAGCUCUGGCUGAGUGGACUGGACAGAAGACUGUGCCCAGUGUAUUCAUAGGCGGGAACCACAUUGGUGGCGGGGACGCAACUGCGGCCAUGAACAAGGAGGGAAAGCUGGUUCCUCUGCUGACACAAGUUGGAGCAGUUGCUAAUUCUUCUGCUUAAAAUGAACUAUUAGUUAUCUUGGUUCAUGAGUAAAGCGUAAUAAGUGUCCUGUUUUAUGGCGUGUUUAUGUUUCUGUCUUAUCUAUCGAUGCUUUUCAAAAGGCUAAAUAAAAUUGGACGUGAAAUUUGUGUAUUGAA